AUGACGACAACUAUGGCGCUUUCUUACUUCGCUAACAUUUCUGUACAUUAUGAUGAUUACUUUCAGAUUCGUUUUGUGGGUGACUUGGACAGCGAAAUUAAGACUUAUAUGAAGAUCAUCACUAAGAGCGAUAUGAAGCAAGCCUUUAAGUGUACACGGAACGAUCUGUUCAAAAUUCGACCAGCUACUGGAAUUUUGGAUUACGAUCAAACGUCGAAUAUCACCACACGUGUUUCAAUUAACAGGUCGAAUAGGGAGAUACCAGAAAACGACAAGCAUCACUUCGGGGUUUAUCACAUUCCGGCUCCGGAAGGAUGCACAUGUGAAGGGGCAUGGGCGAACACUAUGAACCACCACAAGGAGAACUUAGACUUAAAGUAA